GUCUGCAGAGUUGCUGCCCCUUUCUUGAGCUAUGAGUACUGCAAUCUUUUUAAUUCUCAGUAUGAGUAAAGCUUUUUGAGCUUUUAAAUCUAAGGGGAACGCAAUGGGCCUGGUUGGCAUAUGCAAUGAACAUUAAGAAACCAUCUUGUUUUGGAAGCAAAAUUAUUUUUCUUCUCCCUUUUUGAAAGAUCUUUUCCUUUAAUGCCAAUUUUCUUCCUUGUUUACACAAGUUCAACAGUUUGUAAGGAAAAGGCAAUAGUGGGGGUUUCAAAAUGGCAGAGAAAUUUGAAAGUCUCAUGAACAUUCAUGGUUUUGAACUGGGCUCUAGGUAUAUGGACUUAAAACCACUGGGUUGUGGAGGCAAUGGCUUGGUUUUUUCUGCUGUAGACAAUGACUGUGACAAAAGAGUAGCCAUCAAGAAAAUUGUCCUUACUGAUCCCCAGAGUGUCAAACAUGCUCUAUGUGAAAUCAAAAUUAUUAGAAGACUAGACCAUGAUAACAUUGUGAAAGUGUUUGAAAUUCUUGGUCCCAGUGGAAGCCAGUUAACAGAUGAUGUGGGCUUUCUAACCGAACUGAACAGUGUUUACAUUGUUCAGGAGUACAUGGAGACAGACUUGGCUAAUGUGCUGGAGCAGGGCCCUUUACUGGAGGAGCAUGCCAGGCUUUUCAUGUAUCAACUGCUACGUGGGCUCAAGUAUAUUCACUCUGCAAACGUACUGCACAGAGAUCUCAAACCAGCUAAUCUUUUCAUUAAUACUGAAGACUUGGUGCUGAAGAUAGGUGACUUUGGUCUUGCAUGGAUCAUGGAUCCUCAUUAUUCACAUAAGGGUCACCUUUCUGAAGGAUUAGUUACUAAAUGGUACAGAUCUCGUCUUUUACUUUCACCUAAUAAUUAUACUAAAGCCAUUGACAUGUGGGCUGCAGGCUGCAUCUUUGCUGAAAUGCUGACUGGUAAAACCCUCUUUGUAGGUGCACGUGAACUUGAACAGAUGCAGCUGAUUUUAGAAUCUAUACCUGUUGUACAUGAGGAAGAUCGUCGGGAGCUUCUCAGCGUAAUUCCAGUUUACAUUAUAAAUGACAUGACUGAGCCACACAAACCUUUAACUCAGCUGCUUCCAGGAAUUAGUUGAGAAGCACUGGAUUUCCUGGAACAGAUUUUGACAUUUAGCCCCAUGGAUCGGCUAACAGCAGAAGAGGUGCUUUCCCAUCCUUACAUGAGCAUAUAUUCUUUUCCAACGGGUGAACCGAUUUCAAGUCAUCCCUUUCAUAUUGAAGAUGAAGUUGAUGAUAUUUUGCUUAUGGAUGAAACUCAUAGUCACAUUUAUAAUUGGGAAAGGUACCAUGAUUGUCAGUUUUCAGACCACGAUUGGCCUAUACAUAACAACUUUGAUAUUGAUGAAGUUCAGUUUGAUCCGAGAGCUCUGUCUGAAGUCACUGAUGAAGAAGGACAGGUGGAUCCUCGGAAAUAUUUGGAUGGAGAUUGUGAAAAGUAUCUGGAGGAUCCUGCUUUUGAUAUCAGUUACUCUACUGAGCCUUGUUGGCAGUACCCAGAUCAUCAUGAAAACAAAUAUUGUGAUCUGGAGUGUAGCCAUACUUGCAACUACAAAACGAGGUCAUCAUCAUAUUUAGAUAACUUAGUUUGGAGAGAGAGUGAAGUUAACAAUUACUAUGAACCCAAGCUUAUUAUAGAUCUUUCCAAUUGGAAAGAACAAAGCAAAGAAAAAUCUGGUAAGACAGGCAAGUCAAAAUGUGAAAGGAAUGGCUUGGUUAAAGUCCAGAUAGCACUAAAGAAGCAUCACAGCAACUGGCUGAAAAAGAAAGGGAGAAGAAUCAGGGAUUUGAUUUUGAUUCCUUUAUUGCAGGCACUAUUCAACUUAGUUCGCAACAUGAGCCUACUGAUGUUGUUGACAAAUUAA